UUUAAACAAAGGCUAUAAGCAAAUGUCAUAAAAAAAGCAUGGUAGAAAAAAAAAUAAAGAUUUUUGUUCUGUGGACAUGGCUGACAUCAUCGACCAAACAUUCAAGUAAGAAUUCAAGUUCUUACUUGUAACACAAGAACAUGCUUAUUGAACUUACUCUUUCUUCCAUCAGGUACAACAUUGUGGUUUGCGGUGGUGUGGAUGGCUACUCAAGGAAGAUCUUGUACUUGGAUGCUGCAACAAACAACAAAGCAGAAACAGCAUUUUCAUUCUUCCUGAGAUCAACUCAGCUGCAUGGCUUACCAUCAAGGGUUAGGGGAGAUCAAGGAGUUGAAAAUCUGGACAUUGCACAAUUCAUGUUUACUACAAGGGGAACAGGAAGAGCGAGCUUCAUCUCUGGAAAGAGUGUCCAUAAUCAGAGAGUGGAGCGACUUUGGCAUGACGUUUGGGUUGCAGUGACUAGCAAAUACCAUGAUAUUCUUCACUCUCUGGAGGAGGAUGGUCUGCUUGAUAUUUCAGAUGUCAUUCAUCUUUUUGGUGUACAUUACAUAUUUGUCCCUCGUCUUAAGGCAGAUUUUGACACAUUUGUUGGAGGAUGGAAUAAUCAUCCUCUACGAACGGAGGGAGGUCUCACUCCAGAGCAGCUGUGGUGUAUGGGACAUCUACAAGAUCUGGAUGAGGGAGAGAGCCUUGAGGAACUUCAAGACCCCGGUAUUGACUGGGAGAGUGCUGUACUGCAAGAAGUCUCUAACGGCACAGUUGUGGUUCCUGAAAUUGAGUGCCCACUGGAUGAGCAAACCCUGCAAGAACUUCAGAGAACUGUCAAUCCUCUGGAACCAUCUCAGUCACAUGGGCGGGACUUGUACAUACGAUUUCUGCACAACGUGUCAAACUAA